AUGGAGAUGGGCGUGGCGGAGCUGGCGCUUGCGCUUCUGGGCGUCACCGCGUUGGCACUACUGGCGCUUUGGAUGUACCGCAUGGUGCAAUACCGCAAGGCCGUGCGGCGCUCACAGGCACGUUGGUUGGGCUAUGAGCCAGCACCUGUACUCACGGAGGACGAGCUGGGGCUGAACUGGCCCACCCUCAAACCUAUUCUACUGUCACCAAUACCCGAAGAGAGGCACGAGAGCGGACGUGAGUCAGAGAAUGACUCGAUGAUGUCGACGCGCAGGGACUCGCUGCGGUUGAGCUCCAUAUCCGUCAUCGCUUAUGGGAGCUUCGACCAGCCUGUGGCCAGGACUGCCAAGGUUUAAGCCAGUCUGACGGCGGAGUUGAGUUGCAGAAGGAUGUUAAUAAGUGGUGCCGGUGGUCGUGUGGCUCUGCCUCGUCUAAGGGCGACACGUUAACAGCCAGUGGUUAACAGCCAGCGGGAAGCUGACGACGGGCUGGUGAUGUUGAGAUCAGCUGAUUGCAGCUGCGGUGGACCAAGUAUUAUUUUGUACCUAUGUGCUAGUGUGGAUUAGACGUAACAGGAAACAGGAAGGAAGAUUUCGUGACAGCUCGACGACAGGAUACGGGAUUCGGAGGCUCAACAGUGAGCGCGGAGCACGAGAAUAUUUAUUUAAGAAUGAUCAACGAGCGUCCUUCUGUCUUCUCCAGCUACU